GCCACUCAGGUAUCUGUCGUUCACUCAUUUAUUUAGCAAGAAUCCGAAGCACACAUCCAUAAUGUGAGUGAGGGGAUUUAACAGACUGUAAAAUGCUAUAUGCCGUGUGGUGAGUGAUGGUGUGGUUUCUGUUGGAAAGAACAUAAAAGUCUUCCAUAAUUAUGUGAACAGAGUGAAUUAAAUGUGUAAUACAACAAUACAAACAAUACUGGAUAGUGGAACAUUCAACCAAAAUAAGGGAGUGUCAACAAAUGCUAAUUUUACUAUUUACAUAAAUCCCAACUAGGCACUUUACAUUAGAGCUAACAUGAGAAAUUAGUGACGGUCCCUUAAUGACCGCACGGCAGAGGCUGCUUCGCAGUAAACGGCAGUAACAAUCGGUAAACGAAGUGUGCGCCAAGGAUUAAACAAGGGAGGAUAAUGGCCGCAGCAAAGAACAAACACGAUAAAACACAGAAACGUACAGUCUCAUGGACGCACACUGCUAACAGCAUUAGAGGAAUGAAAAUCCACACGGUGAGUAAAACUCUGCUGACUCUUCCCACCUGCAGCUCCGACCGAACUCUCUGCGUCGACAUGUGCGUAAUGAUGAGGUAGAAUUGUGUCUUCUGAUUGGUGAAGAGAAUUGGUUGCCUCACCGCUCAUUGGCUAAACGGCAGCCGUAUGCUGAUAUCUUACUCCGCAGAUGCGGCUCCGUUCGUGAGUUCUGCGAACUGGCUGGCCUUUUGUACAAGCUGCCAUAGCAGCCUCCGUUUGGCCAACUUUCUGAAAAAGUUGAACAGCUGAGCUGGUUUCAGCUUCGGCGUGUAUUGACGUUGACGUCAUCGUCGCGGGGAGCUCGUGCUGUGACCUGAUCCCUGAUGAGCUAACUGAGGCUAAGAACUAGCAGCGGGAUUAGCCGGAGGCUGCGGCUUCAGCAUUCUGAGCAGGAGCUGUUAGCCGCUCGGCCAGCGGAGCUCAGCCCGGGAUGAGGCGCUGCAGCCGGUGGGGACGACAGCAGGAGGGCGGCCAAGCUGAUGGAGGUGUGAGGUUAUGACGGGGUCAGACUUUGUCCUGAGACAGUCCAAUCUGGACCAAGUCGCACUGGUCCUUGGAGCGCCGACGCCAUGUCAGACAUGUCUGAUCCAGCUGUCGUAGAGGGACAGGCUCCUCACUGUUCUGCUCGGCCCCCCCUGGCAGAGAAGGCGCUGUCCGAGGUCUUCGGGCGGCUGCGGUAUCGCGACACGUCACUGCUCAUCUGGCAGCAGCAGCAGCUGGAAGCAGCACCGCCCUCCACCUACCUGAGCCGCAGCCAAUCAGCCUGGUACAGUAACUAUGGCAACCAGGCAGUCCUGGUCCGAGACAGGAGGGGUGCGGACGAGGGGCGGUCCCGGAUCUGCAGCAUCAUGUGACGCAGAGCAGUUCAGUUUGGUCACUAACAAACAUUUUGUUUUUAAUUUAGAGAACUGUCCAAUCAGAGAGAAGCAUUAAGAUCCACGCCCCCGCCCCUCUCUCACCCACUGACUGCAGACAGGAAAAAAACGAACAGUAUUAAUUGUCAGCUUGGCGAGCUCCAGCGUCAGCUCUGAUGACCAGUUUAAUGGACUUCCUGCCCUACAGGGGGCGUCCCGUGUCAGUAUCUAACCCUAGUGUCCUCCAUUUUGAUUUGGGGAAUGAAGCCAGCAGCACCACACUGAAACCAUCACCUUCAUCAAGCAUGCCACCAAAAGACAUUGUCCUGUUUGAAACCCUUAAGUGACCAAUCAGCACGCAGUUACAGCACACUGGUGCUUUCUGGGUAAAAUCAUUGUCACAGAGAAAUUGAAGGUAACGAGUCUUCAGACGUGUUACUGAUUUAUGGAAACGACGAAUAAAAUGUUUUCUUGUUUUA